AUGACUGGCACCAAUGCAGAGUUUGAACAUAUGCUGCAGCUGGGAAUCAUUCGACCGUCCGAGAGCCCAUUGACGUCCCCCCUGCGCAUCGUGCCUAAGGCGGCAUCAGGAGACUGGAGACCCUGUGGCGACUAUUGUUCACCGAAUAAUGCCACCAGUCCCGAUCGGUACCCUCUGCCUCAUCUUCAGGAUUUUGCGACAGCCCUUUUCGGCAAAGCGGUUUUCUCGAAGACUAACUUGACGCGUGCCUCUGAUCAGAUUCCUGUCGUCUCUGACGAAAUCCCCAAAACCGCCGGCACUGCACCCUUCAGCCUCUUUCAAUUCUUUGCGUGCCCUCCGAUCUUUAUAAUGCCUCCCAAAUAUUCCAGAGGUUCACAGCUUAUGUCAUAUGUGGAUCACCGUUUGUGUAACACCUACAUUGAUGACCUCUUGAUGGCCAGUCAGAAUGCCAAAGAACACAAAGAACACCUUGUCUUGGCGUUGGACAGUCUCGACAAGUAUGACGUCGUCAUCAACCCUUCCAAGUUUGUUCUAGGUGUACCUCCACUUGAAUUUAUUGGCCAUUUUGUUGACUCAGAAAGCUUGUGA